AUGGGUAAUUGCCUUGAGAAAUUUUCGGAUUGCCUUCCUAAGAAAAGAGAUAAGGGCUAUAAGCUUGGUUCUGACGAAGAUGAAAAAGGUCACAAACUUGGUUCUGAUGACGAAGAUUCCUCAGGUACUCGACAACAAGCUGUUUCAACUUCUGCCGCGGCAGAGGCUGCAGAACGACGAGCACAACAAGCGCAAAAUCGUGGGGUACAAAAAGGCGGCGGAAAGCUGAGUAAGAAAUUGGAAGAACAAAAAACGAGCUCCGAUCAACCUGAUUUGCAGCCUUCAGAUUCGAACCUUGAGGCAACACCCUGA